CAGUGGCGAGUAAAACCUGUAGCCGUUUUAGGCAGGCAAUGGCAAGUAUCCUCCCGCCCUCACCAACCACCUCUCCAUCCAUUUUCACCACCACCUUCACACGCACCAUCUUCAUUCCUCCCCACACCCCACUGCGGACCACUGCAUCUCUCUCUCUCUCUCUCUCUCUCUCUCUCCUUGAUUGAUGAUCCUCCAUACAUACACAUUCUUCCUCCUCCAAUCUUGACUGAUGAUCAGUUGAUAUUCACCACAUUAAUGGCUCCUUGGUAGCCAGCCCUCUUCAAGCCUCCUUAACGCCACCAUCACCUUGAGCUUCAGCUUCAUCGCCCACAUCACCAUUGCUCCUCCCGAUCUUGACCUUCACCUUCUCCAUUGACCGCUCGUACUUGCUCCGUCUCCGGCUUCGCCCUCCGUCCGUUGAUUCUUGCCGCGUCCGUCCUGAUCUGGAAGCUUCGUUUGCCGUGAUCUGAGAGAUUUUGCGUCUUGGGGAUUCAUGGGGACGGGGGCGGUGGCGGUGGCGGCGCCGGAGCGGGCCAAGCAGCGGCGGGGCGGGUACCUGUGGAAGAAGGCGCUGCUCCACUUCUCGCUCUGCUUCGUCAUGGGCUUCUUCACCGGCUUCGCGCCCUCCUCCUCCUCGUCCUGGAAGGCCGGCACCCAGCCGCUGCACCGGGCAGGGGACCAGCUCGCCGCCUCCCGCGUCGCCGUCAACACGCGCCUCAACCUGGUGCCGUCGCCGGACACGGUUGGCGAGAUGGGAGUCGGCGACGGCGGCGGCGGCGGGGCGAUGGUGGACGUGGGCGACGACGAGGAGGAGGCUGGGCCGCGGCGGUUGCUGAUAGUGGUCACCACGACGCGGUCGGGCGCCGGGGAGCGGCGGCGGCGCAGGCCCGAGCUGCUGCGGCUGGCGCACACGCUGCGGCUAGUGCGCCCGCCGGUGGUGUGGGUGGUGGUGGAGCCGGCCGCCGACGCGCCCGCCACCGCGGAGGUGCUGCGGGGCACGGGGGUCAUGUACAGGCACCUCGCGUUCAAGCCCGAGGAGAACUUCACCACCGCCGGCGCCGAGGCGCAUGCGCAGCGGAACGCCGCGCUCGCGCACGUCGAGAAGCACCGCCUCGCCGGCGUCGUCCAUUUCGCCGAUGCCGCCGGCGUCUACGACACGACCUUCUUCGACCGGAUCCGCCAGAUCGAGGCGUUUGGUACAUGGCCUGUGGCGACAAUGUCGGCAGGCGAGAAGAAAGUGGUAGUGGAAGGUCCACUGUGCAGUGCCUCAAAGGUAGUUGGUUGGUUCUCUAGGGACUUCAAUGAUGGGACUACUCGUGCAGUGACAUAUAACACGGAAGCUGACUUGAAUCCUGCUGGUGCUUCUGGUACGCGAGCCCACACGAUAGAUGUCUCAGGGUUCGCAUUCAACAGUUCUAUUUUGUGGGAUCCUGAGCGGUGGGGAAGACCAACGUCGUUACCAGAUACUUCACAGGAUUCCAUCAAGUUUGUGCAAGAAGUGGUGUUAGAAGACAGAACUAAGCUAAAGGGGAUCCCCUCUGAUUGCUCCCAAAUCAUGGUGUGGCAGUACAGUGUGCCCAGCUCCACUCCUCUUCAAACUUCCACUGCAAAAACUCACAGUAAGAGGUAGCCAAGAGGACAAGAGGUGUUGCGGAAAGGGAAAGAUGGUGGGGGAGUUGAUGUAAAUGUGGCGAUAACAAAAGGAAAGGAAGAAGGUUGCUUACUAAGUUUUUUUUUUCUCCCUUUCUCUCAUUUUUGUUCUUUUUUUCAAGUUUGGGGGCCAUGAAUUAUUCACGGAAAAUCUCCCCCCAGGCAAUAGUAUUUAUUCAGAUUUAUUUGUGAUUCUUUAACUUGGUCCUCUUCUCUUUGCGAGGGGUUGUUGCCUCGAUAAAUUCCCCCUUGUGGAUUGCAAUAAUACGAUGUGUAGAAACGCGGGGAAGAAAAUUGCAAUGGCAUGUGAGGAAGAGUGUGCCUGGCUUAUCGAAACUGUUUAGAAUUAGUUUUA